UCCGCAUCAGUUUCCUCGAGAAACUUGAUGAACUGACGAUGCUGAAGUCCCCGUGCGCGUAUAAAGUUGACGGGUUUUACGACUGGAUUCACGACAUGAUUAAGCUGCAAUAUAGACGUGCAAAGCGAUUCCUGAUGGAUGAUGCAGUGAAGGAAAAUAACAUCCUGCUCAGGGUUUUCCUCUGUUACUUUAUCCUGGAUUCUUUUUAGCAGCCCAACGUUUUUUGGUAAUCCAUCCGUUGUGACAUUGGCAAGUUUACUCCAAGGUAGUUUAUGUCUCUCGAUGGCAGCAGACACCAUGUUAUAUAAAUCUUCUCCCCGAGUUGUUCCCUUCAGGGACUCCAUGCUUAAAAACUCUUCCGUUAUCUCAAAACUAUCAUUAAUCCCUCGGAUGAAAAUUAGGAGCUGAGCAGUGUCUUUUAUGUCGUUUAUCCAGUGCUAGUGAAUAUAACUUGAAGGACACAAGACACCUGUCGUCUCUACCAUAAAUUUUUUUUAAAACUCGCCUUCGGAGAAAGGCUUGCUCGCUUUUGCUAAUUUGAAUGCCAGCAAAAAACUUGCCUUGGUACUCGACUCUUGAAUCGCAGUUUGCCGGUGAAAGAAAUGUUGCUGAGUCUGUAAAUUAUCUGCCAACCUCUGAGCCGUAGCCUCCCGUUCCCGUUGAAGCAGCUCACAGGGGACUACCUAUUGUGACUGUCAUUCCAACCUUUCCCAAAGAUGUCCAGGUGAGACUUGACAGAGAACCAUGUCACACAGUGCCAAAAGUACACUACAAAAUAAUAAGCAUGAUGUAUGAAAUGAUGGCAGAAUACACUUUGUAAGUAUAACCAUUAUUACAUCUUUGCUAUUACAACUGUACUACUUAAGAUCAAUUCACAAUCUAUGAACACUGUUAGACACAACCAAGAGAUUUAGAGUUUGUUUCUGCCUUUGUACUAGGUAUCCGACUAAUGCAGAGUAUAUUCAAGUUGCCAAGGCACUGAUAGUGAAAUACCCUUUCCUGAGGGAUAAGGAGGGAAAUGGCUUUCACACCUGGCACGUCUUCAAAGCGAAAAUUUAAAGCAGAACGUGCACCACUUGUCAGCGACAGUGAAGUAAGAAAGCUGAAGGAGAAGUUUGGCGAUACAAAGCAGUCCAGAUCCACCAGUGCAUCUACGAGUUUGUGUCGAAAGCCAGCUAGUGUAGCAUAUGAAACUUGUGUUGGGGAGAAUUCAACGUCUGUUGAGGCCCAUGUGAACGUUCUACAAAGUGAGUAUCAGAAGAAACAUUUAGACAUCUCGACUGUCAAAGACCGCAUGGCACGAACAUUCUCCUGGAGACGUCGAGAAAUCAUGGAAGGAAUGUCUGUGGAGGAUGUAGUCAGAAAUUACCCAUACUUAAGAACGCCUGAUGGAUUUUUUGAUGAGAUUGACCGAAUCCAUCCCUCACCAAGCAGCUUCUGUCAUCGCUUCAGAGAGGGCUUUGCUAGAGUUCUGCCAAAUGUGCUGAAACUUGCCACAGCAAAACAGUACACUGAAACAAGACAGAAUGCCCUGGCUGAAGAUCUACCAGGAAUUGACUUAAGGGCUGGUCUUAUCUUCUUGCCAUCCAUCUUCAGAGAAAAGAUCGAACACUACAUUACUAUGAAAGAGGAGGACCCUGCUACCCCCUUUCCAACAAUUCAACUGAUGGAGAAUGAUUGGAAGACGGCAAUCAUUAGAAGAGAGCACAGCGUGGUGAAGGUGGAUGGCAUGGUUGUGUGCCAGUGCACCAGCCUAGACGAGGCCUUCAUGACUGCCUUCUGCAUCCUGAGGUUUGGCCAGCUCCAGUCACGUCCCACCUCAUGAAGAUUCGGAG